UAGUUUGCCAGUUUUGCAUAUAGAAUAAUCAAUUUGUUGUUCAGAAUAAUGUAGUUUUUGUGUGUUUUAUUGGUAAUCCGCUUUCUUUUAACAUUAAAAAGAAGCGUUUUAGUGUUAAUAUUGUGGUUGUCAGAGUGCGAAAAGCAUGGCUUCGAAGAGAUUCGGAAACUUCCAGCUGAAACAGCCGUCCUCGGCUUACAAGAAGGCUCGCCUGGACAUAGAUAUCAUUCCCAGCCAGCAGUACAUUCAACAGCAGGAACACCAGAGAACGGUGAAAACUACGACCACGAUCGCUAAAUCCUCUUCCUCGAAGUCAGACUAUCUGUGGGGCGACGAGGAUGAUGAAUUCAUUAUUUUGGCCUCACAAGCCGUGGAGGAAGUGGAAAUGUUCCAACAAACACAGUUGCAACAGACUCAAGGCGGGGACGUCACAUUCGGUGGUUUCCUCCGGGAGGGGGUAGCCUCAAGUACCCAAACGAUUACGAAUGGGCUGGAAGGGCCGAGUUCCAGUGAACUGAUGCCUCCACCACCGGCGAUUGCUGGUCCGGCUAAAGUCAAUCCAGUCCCUUCAGAUGUAAUGGAUCUGCUUACGGACGGAGAUGAUGACAUUUUUAGCGAGCAGUUCGAUGAGAACUACGAUAACAUAGAGAAACACAUUGAUGAGUUUUUCAACAACGAAUUUGACGAUGAUUUUAAUCUCGAUGAAUUCCGCCGGGAUAAUGAAAGAAGCGGUCCAAAAAUGUCACAGGAACGAUCCCCAUCAAAGCCGAUGGAAGCGAAUGGGGAAACGAAAACGUCAAUAACAUUCAAACCGAAGCAACCGCAGCCCGUGGUCAAUACGGUGAUUCCGGAAAAGAUUAACGGUGGAAGAUUGUUUCCUAGCCAACAACCGCCGCUGCAAGUGGACAGGGAAGCACUCAAGAAUGCUGCCAAGAAGAAAGAUCACGCCAAAGAUAUGCAGGUCAAGUUUCUCACAGGUCAGCUGGAAAAAGCGAACAAAGAGAGAGAACUGUUGAAAAAGGAUUACAACGAAGUUACGGAUCGUAUUCAAAUCCGUGACGGAGAAGUUUCCAUGUUACGCUAUGAGCUGAAGAAUGUCAAAAGCCAAAACGAUCAACUGAGGCUGGAAAAGAUGAAAGAGACCGAGACGAUCAAAAAGGAAUGGGUCGAAAAGAUGAAAGACUUGGAAAAGGUGAUUGUGGCACAGAAAUCGGAACUCGAAUUCAAAAACAUGGAAAUGAUGAAUUUGAAGACGAAACGACUGAGUAACUCUUUUAGGGUAGAUAAAGAUGGGCCUUCUAAGGAAAAAACGAUGACGGAAAAAGACUUUAAAAUCCAUAAUCGCCAAAUUCAGCUGUUUCAACGAUCGACGCUGGAAGACUUCCAGAUCGAUCCGAAAAUAUUCGACCUGUCCGCCGAAAGCAUCUCCAAGUUUAACACCACCAACCGGUUAUCCAAUUUUUCCAAAGGAGAUGCCGUUCUGUCGCAACAUUUGGGACGCCUACAGUCGUACCUUUCGCAGCUGAUUUGUCUAAAAGGUUCCCUUUCGGAGGAAUCCAUAUCUACAAUAGUGCUGAUAGCCAAUCAAGCUACCGACGAGAUUAGGAAAUACUGCAACCGAUUGCCGAUGGUGCGGGUGAAGGAUGCGCACUUGGGUGCCAAAGUGGCUUAUGAUUUCCUGUGUAAAAAUAGUAAAAGAAAUCGAUUGCAAGGACCAGUCAACACCUACCAGCGGGAGUCCAUAUUUCAUCACGAAAAGGCCAUCAUCCAGAGAAGGUUCCUGGCUGCAUUGGGGUUACUGUGUCGGUAUUUACCUUCGUUUGCUGUGAGGCUGGUUCGCCGGUGGGAGGGAACGGGCAAUUGUGUACAAGUUCUUGUUAAGGGUUUGGGUAAAAUAAGCUAUGCGAGCGACCUGUAUGGCCAUUUUGGACUUAUCGCUUCGGCGGCUUCGGUUUUGUGCGGACUUAGCUAUCAUGUAUUGCUGUUCAAAGAAGACGGCCGCCAAGUGAUAGAUCUCUUUAAAUCGAUCGUCUACUGCCGACCGGAUAGUGCCUUAAUUUUAAGUCACCUGUCGGAAACUCUCUACCGGAUAUCGUCCUCCGACCAGUCGAUCGACCUUCUCAACCAUCUAUGCUGGCAGAGUAAAUCGAAGGAUUUUGCUGCAAACGAUGCCUACAAGAUGAUUCAGUUUACUAAAGAUUCCUGUGUGCUACAAAUCUACGCAUCGCUCCUGGAAACAUCCGUUCCGCAAGACAGAAUCCUCACGCCGAUGGAAAUUCGUCAUCUGGUGGCAAACACCCGAAACACGAUCUACUUCCUGCGGAAUUCGCUAGCCCGGCCGGUUCGCUGGAUACAGCAGUUCGCCAACCGACCAGAAGGAUCGGUUCUAUCUCUGUGUCAGUGUCACAUUCGAAUCACCAACGCCUUUGUGGUGCUGUUCCACCAGGUGCUCCGCUGUUGGAUGCUCUCUCCUUUGAACAUCGACUACAGCACAAUGCUGCAGAUUACCCAGAACGGUGUACUGCUGCUGUUCGAUUUGUUCGAAACGGUUUACCGGGGGGAGGUACUGCUGGUGGGGCGACACGUGAUUCAGUGUCGCCUGCAAGCCACCUACAACUGGUUGGUGCAGCACCAGAGCGACUUCCGGUUUCAGCAUACGCACAAAAUUGCUCUCCAACUGCUAGAUCUGCGGCUAGUGAUGGAAGAGCCUUUGAAAUCGAGCGAAGAAGUGAGCCGGAUGGACCUGGACGGGGAUACAGCCGAGAGGGCCGAAUUGGAGCGAAGUGAUAUGUACGAUGAUCUGUUUGAGGAUUUUUUCACCAGUAAACUACAACACCAGUGAUAGAAAAAAA